GGGACUAUAUCUCAUGUUGGACUACAGUGUCGGAUGUGGAGUCUAAAAACAAGCUGGGAACUGACUUGAUAUAUUUUUUUCUUGCUGUAUUAUUUAAUUUGAAAGUCAAACUGUUGUACAUUUUGUUAAACACGUUGUGUUGUGUAACCGGAUGAGAUGUAAAUAGGCACAGUCAGGCUGCGCAGGCAGAAUAUAUAUGAUCACGAUCUCUUGACACCUUUGAAUCCGAGUGUCUGAGAACUGGUCAGAGUAAUCGAUCUAAUCAGUAACUGGUUGAGACAUAGAGGUAGAUCAUGGUGGAAAACUCUCCCUCUCCUCUUCCCGAGAGAGCCAUUUAUGGGUUUGUCCUCUUCCUCGGCUCACAGUUUGGCUUCUGUAAGUAUCUUUUUUUCUACUUAUUGAUCAUUAAAAUAUAAAAAAACAUCUCAUUACAAUGAAAAAGUCUAUUUCUAUUAGGUAAGAGUGGAUUUGAUCUGCUCUUUUAAUGCUCUUCUUGUGAAAUAACUACGACCCCAAUAUAGUUAUGAUUUUAACAUGUUUUUAACUGGUCUAAAACACAAAAUUCCUGUAAGAUGUCUGGCAGUGUUUACUGCGGUGGUUCUCAACUAGUUUCACUCUGGGACCCUCAUUUUCCCAUGGUCCUUCAGUUGCGACCCAUUUUUAUAAAAUUCAAACCAAGCCAGUUUAUUUUUAUAUAUAUAUAUAUAAAAAAAAAAAACUUUAAAGACUGAAAUCCUUAACAUAAAUACACCCAUUUUAUUGAGUAAAGUGCAUUUCAGAGCACAUGAACUGAAGACGACAACUACUAAAGUUGCAUAUACAGAAAAUAUCAAAUUGCACAAAAUGAAAUAUUUGACUUUUAUGCAUCUCUGCAUUCAGAGCAUAUUCAGAAGAACCUGAGGAGGACCAUGCAACAGCAUGGAAAAAAGGGAAUAAAUAUCAAAUUGCACAAAAUAAAGACCAGAAUAAUAAUUUUUUUUUAAAAAAGGAUUUUUACUGCAUUCAGGCCACAUUCAUAAGAAACCAAGGAGGACCACGACAUUACACGUGCCUUUCAAAAUAAGCUAAUUUAAAAAAUAACAGACAUGUCAAACAUCAGAUGCUCAUUUAAUAUUUACUUUUUUGACCCGCUUUUCGUGACCCAUCCAGAACACAUCCACGACCCACUUUUGGUUUUGGGACCAUAGACUGUAUGUAGUAUGGACAACUUGGUUCCGCCUCCCGCCUGUAUAUGGAUUUGAAGCCAAAAAGCUCUCAGUAUUUCCGGGAUUUUUCUUCAUUUCCUGAAACCAGUGCUGCGCAGUAGCGUUGUGUGCUUAGGCGGGAGAGAUGCUGUGAUGACGCUCAGCUCAAACAGCGUAUUCCCCGGGUGAGCAAUCCCUGAACUCUAUCAGGUGUCAAUCAAAGAAAAACAGGAACCCCCUAAUAACUUUUAAAAACUGAGCUUCACAGAAAAAAAAGGACUUGAGCACAAACCAGUCUUACUGUAACUACAUUUCAUCUCCACAACCAGGGGGGAGAAAAAUUUGUCCAUAGCUCCAUUUAUGACCUAUACUGCAGCCCAUCAACAGAGGGUGCUGUUCUCAGAGUGGCUUCACCCUGCAAGGAGGCAGACGCUGUCCAUUCUAUAUACAGUCUAUGUUUGGGACCCACUAGUUGAGAACCACUGGUUUACUGUAUGUGUGCAUCUAAUAUGAAGAUUUGUUUUAUCAGUGUGUAAAUAUUCAGGAAAAGAAAAACCUGCUUAGCCUACCUAUGCUACUGCUGAUUCUCCACAGUUCUCUAUUGCCUGUGGGCAUUUGUGCCAGAGGAGUGGCUUCAUUCCAUAGGACUUACCUACUGGCCUCAAAAGUAAGCAGAUACUGAAGACCAUACAUUUAUCUAAUGUCAAAUUUACAUCAAAUAAUGUCAGAUACAACACAAUAGAUUAGCACAUUAGCUGUAUUAGAUACAGCUUUCCAAAAGUUUUUGACCUGCUGACUGAACUCAUUUUGUGUUGAGGUACUGGGCCCUAGCUGUGCCAAUCUACCUUCUGGUUGCGCUGGUGUUCGCUUUGGUGUCGCUGCUUGGAGUGAACAUGAACAACACAGCUCCUCUAGACUCCGUGGACACCAUCACAGGUGGGGUUACAGCAGUAUGCAGUAGUCUGACCUUCAUUUACUCAUUUUACUGGUUAAGUGACAGUGCACCUGUGUGGAAACAUGUUAAUUUUGUAUUCUAUUCAUAGUUUGUGUUUCAAUAUGUAGUUAAUAAGAAUACUUCCACUAAAAGUUUGAACUGUUGCUGUUACUGGGAAGCAUUGUGAAAGCUUAAAAUAUCAUAAAUUGUUUUGUAUAGUUUAACUUAAAUAUGCAUGAUACUUUUAAACCCACCAUCCAUGUGUGGAUUCCCUUCUUGAGUUUCAGCUCCCUGACCCUCACCUUUGAAUGUCUCAUUUAUUACAGAUGUGUAUGCUCAAGGCCAGAGUACGGAAGACACGCGCAAAGGGGGAAUACCAAGACUAAAAGAUGUUUCCAUUAGUGAAGUCAACCAAAUGUUUUAUUUAUCACCCAAACUAUAGCAAGGACUGGUGUUAGCUGGAGACAAGAAGAGGGGAAGCUGCUACAGAUUCCUUGUGGUGUCACUGUUAACGUUGUAUUUUGUAUGUUUUUAUAAGCAUGAUUUAUUUCUUCUGAGGAACCCUUGGAUUAUAUUGAUUUUGGUGCGCUCUUUAAACAAAACUGGAUCACUCAUCUCUUAGCUGGUCUUGUCUGUGUCUCACUAACAGGGAUCUGUCUUAAUUUCUGUCUGAUUAAUGAAGUCAAAUCAACUCACAGAAGCUAUAACAAUUGUGACAUGGGGUAAAGAUUUACUGGAUGAACUGACAUGCUGUAAGUGUAACAGAUCUAAAUACGCAAUGUUGUUUGCAUUGUCUGAGAAAAAUGUGUUAUGGGAAUAUAUUAAAACUGUAUUCUUUUACAAAGUCCUCAUUUUUUAAUAAAACUUAAAAAAAAAAAAAA